CACAACAAAUUGAUUGAGGAGGCACAUCCUGUCCUCCCUGUUUAUUCCACCGGGCACUCUUGCUCUUGAGCCUGACUCGAAGCCUUGGUUGGCAGGAAUACUGUACUUGGCGUGUUUCGCCCGUGGUGACCCAUAUCUAUGGAAUAUGUACAUUUCAUAGUAUACCCAUAACACGGGAGUCUUAGUCCUGUUUGCAGCUGCUCUAGUUGGUCCCUGAGCAUGGCAGAACAGCUUUACCGAAAACGAAUAUCACCGGCUUCAGGCACCAAUGUGGACGACUUAGUGUCCAAAAACGUGUUGGCACAGCUGCGCCGCGAUCCUCCGCCUCGACUACCCGCGCACAAUGAGCACGGCAAGCCUCCUACCAGUGGUGGCAACGGAGCCAUGGGAGGGGGCCUGGGAGGGGGUGUGGAGGCAUCGGACCUCAUCUCAUCAAUGGCCAAGCGCUUGGCAGCACUGGAGCGUGAGAUGAAGGAGCGGCAGAACCUGCUGCAGCAGGUUCAGGCUGACAAUGCGUCGCUUAAGAUCAAGCUCAAGGCAGCCGAGGAGGAGGUCGCUAAGCGCGCCCUUGCCGCUCUAGAGCAGCGCAACGACUCGCCUGCCGUCAUGCACCUACGGUCUGAGAACGCCCGCCUGCGGGCGCAAUUAAGAUAUGCAUGGAAGCAGGUGGCGGAGAUGAAGGCCUUCCUCAAUGACUAUGGCAUGAUCUGGAUGGGCGAGCCGGAAGUGGAGGCGGAACUUGUGGCGCACGGGUUUGGCCCGGCGGACUCCUCAGCCCGGUCAACUGCGGACGGCUCCGACGCCGCGGCACCCCUCCAACCGCUGCCUGCUGCAGAGGCACCCGACCAGCUGACGCCGCGCCCGCUGAGCCAGCCCGGCGCAGCGGCGGGGGCAGGGCCGUCCUCCGAGGCGGCCGCAGCGGCAGCAGCCGUGGAACGAAGGCGCAGCCUGGAUAAAGGAGCGGCAGAGAUGGCUGCUGCAGCGGCGCUGGGGCGUGCGGGCGAAAGCCCUAUGGCACGGCGGGAGGGUGCUACGCCGUCAGAGAAGCGCAGCAGUAGCUUUACAACGGCAUCCCCCCCGCCUGCAUCCUCCUCAGCGCCCCUCUCGCCGCCACCUGCACCCGCCUCGCAGCCGUCCUCAUCUCCCGGCCCUUCGCGGGGUCCGUCCCGCCCGGGCCUGCCGUUUAGCAUGGCGGAGCUCCUAGCCAAGGUAGACGAACUAAAUGACCUGGCAGGAGACGGUUGCGGGCAGGUAGUGCGGGGCGCAGCAGGCCAACACGUGCUAGCCACGCAGGAGCCCGUCAACCUGGUGAUCUACAGGGAUGGGCUGCAGAUCCACACGCUGCCCGCUAAGCCCUUCAACGACCCCGCAAGCUCCGCAGUGUUGCAUGACAUCCUUGACGGCUACUUUCCCUACGUGCUCAAGCGCGAUUUUCCGGAUGGUGUGCCGCUGCGGGUCGUGGACCGCACGUCCGACAGCAUGGGCUUCAGUCCCAUGAAGCGCGG